AUGGCUCUUUCUCAGCACCCCGGCCUGCAAAUUGGCGCCAAGGCCUUUGCCCUCAUCGCCGUCGGGUUCGGCGUCAACGCUCUCUUCCGCCCUGAACACGCCCUUAGCUUCUUCGAGUGGGAGAUGCCCACCACUCUCGCAGAAAGACAACUCGUCGAAAGUCUCCUCUACGCAUAUGGCGUCCGUGACAUCUUCUGGGGGUUCGCCACCUGGAUUGCCGCCGCUUACGGCAACCCCAAAACCGCCGGCUGGACUCUGGUGGGAGGCAGCGCGGUGGCAUUCGCUGAUGGGAUAAUCUGCUACUCUUGGGGACAUGGCCAGUGGGGUCACUGGUCCUACGCUCCUAUUUUUACUUUGCUCGGGGCUACCUUGUUGGGUGUGUUUGACAAGGCAUAG